CAGUGUGUCUGUGUGUGCACGCAACAGCAAGGAAAGCUGCAUCUCACGUGCUUGGUCAACCUCGUUUCCAGAACACACUCAUAAUGACUGCUGUUCAUCGUCUGGUCAUUGUGCGGCAUGGAGAGAGCAGUUGGAACCAGGAGAACCGCUUCUGCGGCUGGUUCGAUGCAGAUCUCAGUGAGAAAGGACUGGAGGAGGCCAAGCGUGGUGCUAUAGCCAUCAAGGAUGCAGGCAUGAAGUUUGACAUAUGCUAUACUUCCGUGCUGAAGCGUGCCAUCAAGACCUUGUGGACCAUCCUGGAAGGCACAGACCAGAUGUGGUUGCCCGUGGUGAGAACUUGGCGCCUGAACGAACGCCACUAUGGUGGCUUGACUGGCCUGAACAAGGCAGAGACGGCCGCCAAACACGGAGAGGAGCAGGUGAAGAUCUGGAGACGCUCAUUUGACAUCCCUCCUCCACCCAUGGAUAAAGACCAUCCAUACUCCAAGAUCAUCAGUGAGUCUAGGCGCUAUAAGGGUCUGAAGGAGGGUGAGCUGCCCACCUGUGAGAGUCUGAAGGACACCAUUGCACGUGCCCUGCCCUUCUGGAAUGAGGUCAUUGUCCCUGAGAUCAAAGCCGGCAAGAACGUCCUUAUUGCAGCCCAUGGAAACAGCCUGCGUGGUAUUGUCAAGCACUUAGAGAGCAUGUCUGAUGCAGCCAUCAUGGAGCUAAACUUGCCCACUGGUAUUCCCAUUGUCUAUGAGCUGGACAAGGACCUGAAGCCUGUGAAGCCCAUGCAGUUCCUUGGGGAUGAGGAGACUGUGCGCAAGGCCAUGGAGGCUGUGGCUGCCCAGGGCAAGGUGAAGAAGUGAGACCAGAUAAGGACACAAAGACUAUACCUACUCAAGACUUCCCCUUCUCACCUGUCCCACUCAUCCUGCUCGACUCCACUGAAUGUCAUUCCACAAUCAGAACACACUGACACCCCUUUUCCACCAAACAUGGUACUGGUUCUCAUUGGGUUCUUCAACAAACCUUUCUGAAAGAAAAAAAAAGUUUCCAAAUAUGGCACACUGCAAAAAAAAAUAGCAAUUGAGAAUUUGGCACAUUGCAUUUGUAGAUUUGAGAACACGUCAUCAUCCAAUACCAAAUUAUCCAUUGACAAAAAAUUUUACACAAGAUGCAAUCAAGAGAGAUGUGUGUUUUAAUUGCUUUUAGACAUUAAUAUUCAUAUUGCAGCUUCUGUUUAGAUUGUUAGCACUGAAUCAUUAAUUCUGACAACAAAUAUUGUGAAUUCUUCAAGCAGCAUUCAUGUCUUAUGGCAGACGCUUAAACAGCUUGAUCAAUUGCUGUCCAAAAUGGGUUCCAGACCAGCUUCACUUUGAUCAACCAAGAACCUUUUUUUUUUUUUUGCGGCGGGAAAGUAUUAAACCGUUCCAGAUGAUGCACCAGAACCUGCAGUGGAAUUGGGUUGUGAAAUAGCCGGAGUCAAAACCAUGUCAUAUGACAGAUGUCCCUGUCUUCCUGUUUUAUGUAUAAAUAAAUGAAUAAGAAACAUCUUUGCCAUCCACCAUAAAGCACUUCUGAUUCACAAAGCCUUCAUAUUGGGGCUGCUCCCAAUUUAACAAAAUAAAGCCAUCGCCAUUUUGUGUA